ACCAUCACGUGACAAACUAGUAAAUUACGAUUGACUUGAGAGUUGCUGAUUGUAGGCUAACGUUAACGUUACUUUCUGAUGUACAGUGACUCAAAGCGGACAACUUUCAGCCGUCGUUGGAGUUUUUUUUUUUCUCGGAAAUGCUCUUGGGGCUUCACGUGCCCCAUUAAGUAACGUUUUGUUUGGAUAUCGUGGCCAUUAUGUCAGUAAACUGCAGAGUAGCCAUCCAGGGACCAGGGCAGCGUGUUAAGUUCAGGGGCUAGCUGGCCAGCUCUACCCCCUGUGAAGGGUGGCUGCUGGGAUGCUACGGAAGAGCAGCAGCAAUGGUGGCAGUGGGACUAAACAUACCCAGGGUCUGCCACGACAUCUCUCCAAGCCCCACACAGGAUCUCUGUCUGCUGGAUCCACCCAGACCUGGGAUAUGGGCCGCAAUUCCAAGAUCCCAAAUCUUCUGAGCAGCAUGGGGCUAACCUCUCACCUGGUGGGGGCACCAGGAGUGGAUCCAGAGUAUGUAAUGCAUCUGGUGAAUGAUGUACGGGGGUUCGCUGAUGUGCUGCUUAACCUCAAGGAGGCUUUCCAGUGUGAAGAGAAUCUGGAAGGUCUUCAGGAGGUGGUGCAGGAACGUUUGGCAGAGUUACUCCGCGUCCUCAAGGCUGUCAUCAGCAAACACCAGACCCUCAACUCAGUGGACAUCCUAGGAGCCGCUGGCACGGUCAUUGCCAGGGUCAAAGGCCUUAACUUCAAGGAAGUGAACCCAGAAAACACAAAAGCUAUAUUUGGCGAGAUACACACAUCCAUUGACACUUUGGCAUUCACAUUCGGCAAUGUAGUUUCUGACUUCCUUAUGGGAGAUGUGGACAACGGCUCAGGGUUGGGGAUCCCCCAGACCAGGAGAAGCAGGUCUUUUGACAAUGUCUCUGUGGUUCCUGAGGAAUAUGUUUCAGAGAAAAGUGACCUUGUGGGCCCAGAGGUGGCGUUGGCACGGGAGGAAGAGGUUGACUUGACCCUGCUAAAGAAUGAAAGCGGGGUGGAGUCUGCUCUGCUCUACGCCAAGACCUGGUCCAAGUAUAUCAAAGACCUUCUGGCCUGGAUGGAUAAACGACUGGCUAUGGAUAUUGAGUAUGCCAAAAGCUAUGCCAAAAUGGCGGAGUCUGCUAAGACACUGGCCAGUCAACAGGACUACAUGCCAUUCAGUGAUAUCUACGUUUCCACAUUCAAGAACGACAUUGAAUACAAACAGCUAUUUAUUCAAACUGCACUGGCUCUUCAGACCAAUAAAUUCAUACAGCCUCUUCUGGCCCGUAAAAGUGAACUUGACAAGUUGAGGAAAGACAUCAAGGAGCAGUGGCAGAGGGAGCAAAAGAAAAUGCAAGAGGCGGAUGCAACCUUGCGUAAGGCACGAGUGCUGAAGGCCCAGAGGAGAGAAGAGUACCAGAAAGCCCACUCCUCUACCAACCGCUCCCAGGAGGAGCAGUCUAAUGCUGCUAACAAACAGCUGGAGAAGAAGAGGAAGCUGGAGGAGGAGGCUCUGCAGAAGGCGGAGGAGGCCCAGGACCAGUACCAGAGCUGUAUGGCUGACGCAGGCGUCAGGAGGAUGGAUCUGACCAACGCCAAGAGCACCAUCCUCACACAGAUCCGAGAGAUGGUCUUCCAGUGUGACCUCACACUUAAAGCUGUGACAGUGAACUGGUUUCAGAUGCAGCAGGCGCAGACUGUAUCACUCCCUGCCCACUACCAGGCACUGAGUGAGAGUGCCAAGUUGUACGAACCGGGUGAAUGCUACGCUGAGUUCGUCCGGAACCUGCCCAAAAAUCUGCCUAAAGAGCGUAUGCACUUAGACUCCACCUCCUCUGACAAUACCAGGUUUGUGUUCAACAAAAGGUCAGUGGGCAGCACUCAUUCCUCCCAUGGCAACCUGUCGCAGGCAUCCAUCACCUCCGGUGAUGUGCUGAGUGGAGACGAAGCGGAUAGUCCCCUACACCGGGCUGCAAAGAUCAGCGAGCCGAGGUCCAGCAGCAGCAGUACGGACAUACAAGCGCUGAGAAGCCAGGUCACGCUGAGAGCCUGGGCCUCCAGUAGUCAGGGGAGCCAGAGCGGGAUGUGCAGUGACUCGGAGAGUGCGGGAGGCAGCAGUGAGUCGAGGUCCAUGGACUCUCCCACCGCCAGUCCAGGUGACUUCAAACGACGGCUGCCGAGGACUCCCUCCACUGGGACUAUGUCUUCUGCCGAUGACCUGGAUGAGAGAGAGCCACCAUCACCAUCAGACAAUGGUCUGGCAGAGAUGGUGACCGAGACAGCCAGCUCUCCGGGUCCCUUCCGAAAUGCUCAGAUGUCCAAAGCUGCUCAAACCCAUAAACUGAGAAAACUACGAGCCCCAUCUAAGUGCAGAGAGUGUGAUAGUUUGGUGGUUUUCCACGGAGCGGAGUGUGAGGAGUGCUCCCUGGCCUGCCAUAAGAAGUGUCUGGAGACGCUUGCUAUCCAAUGUGGCCAUAAAAAGCUGCAAGGUAGACUACACCUGUUUGGUAUUGACUUCACCCAAGCAGCAAAGAACAGCCCAGAUGGUAUCCCUUUUAUCAUCAAGAAAUGCACGUCUGAGAUUGAGUGUCGAGCCCUUAACAUCAAGGGGAUUUAUAGAGUGAAUGGUGCCAAAUCCCGCGUCGAGAAGCUCUGUCAGGCAUUUGAAAACGGGAAGGACUUGGUUGAGCUGUCUGAUCUUUCACCUCACGACAUCAGCAAUGUCCUUAAACUCUACCUGAGACAGUUACCAGAGCCAUUGAUCCUGUAUCGAUACUACAACGACAUUAUCGGCUUGGCCAAAGAGUGCCAAAGAGUGAUUGUGGAGGAGGCUGAUAAACCUCAGAGCACCCAUGCAGUAGAGAAAGGUGGGACAAGCAUCCAGCUCAACAGAGUCAUUUUCAAGAUCCGAGACCUUCUCCGCCAGCUGCCUACUACCAACUACAGGACUCUGCGCUUCCUUAUAGCACACCUAAACAGAGUGACUGAGCAGGCAGAGGAGAACAAGAUGACUGCGAGUAACCUGGGCAUUAUCUUUGGCCCCACACUGAUCAAGCCGCGUCAGACAGACACUGAGGUGUCCCUGUCCUCCCUGGUAGACUACCCCUACCAGGCCCUUAUGGUGGAGCUGCUGGUGCGACACUUCCAAGCGGUCUUUGAUGCAUCACUUCUGUCUGGCUCUGACAUCACCACAGCUGGCCAGGCGUCCCCCAGACUCACCCCUCAAGAGAAGGUGCAGCGGCUCAGCAGACACUCCACCUCCCUGAUGGACAUCAAAGAGGGAGCCAAAGUGUACAAAAGAUACUCAUCAAUAAUCCCGUCCUCGCCCAUCAUGGAUGAGGUUCAGGAGGUCCAGCCAGGAACAGACGGGACAGAGGUCUCAGCCCUGGACAGACUCAACGGGAUGCAGACAUCUAGUGAAGGAGAGGUUCAGAGGUCAACCUUAGUGUUUGGCCGUCCCAGCACCACCAUCCCCUCCACCACCGCUGUGGCACCAAAGGUCCAGCUACGCAGCCAGCGCACCAGACAUGUGUCUCGACCGAUCAGCAUGCCGCUUGAACGCCUGCCCACCCCCGCCCAGAUCAGCGAGAGGAAUUGCUGUAACACUGCUGCUAAAGUUGAUGUAAGCUCUGUUGAGCGGGACCCCGUGUCUGAAACUAUACAGGAGAUACCAGAGCCAGAAAAGGCUCGCCAAAGUAGCUCGUCAAGGGUUAGCACCUACUACAUCACUCCUUUCAUUGACACGCAGUCAAUGCAGAGGAGAACGUGGGACAGGAAGUACAAGCACUAUGAUGUUACACCUAGGACUGCUAUGAUUGUGGCCAACCUGCCAUCCGCCAGCUCUGGAGUACAACCUGUGAAGGCAACGUUGCCUGUCACUGUAACCACUGCCUCUGUGGUCCCUACCACAAGUAUUGUGAGCACCAUAUUCUCCAACAACCCGUACACAGUGCCAGUCAAGCCUGGCUGGACUUCUAAAAGGGAAAAUUACACAGAUCAUUCGCUUAGUAAGUCUAGCAGCUCUCCAAACCUUCCAUUAACACUCAGGGCACCGAGAACUCUGCAGCCUCCUCCUGGAACUUUCUACAAGCCCCCUGUUUCCAUUAACAGCAGAGCUAGGACGCUUCCAAACUGGACUACAACUGUUAGCACCGUCACCACCACUACCCCCACCACCACCACCUCAUCACUCACACCCACAAACUCUGCCCAGGUAGUUACCCAGUCCCCUGCCCUUACAAGCCCCCCACAGACAUGGCUCCAGACACAGGACUCCACUGACAGCGCCAUUGACCCCGGGGGCUCGACCUCGGGUACCCUUUCGCCCCCACAGUCCCCCCCCCCUAGCAGCCCUGACGACCUCAGCCCCAGUGAGACUAAACCCGUCUACCAAAGACUGCGACCUCGGCGGCUGCAGGAGCUUGAACACAGAGAGGCCCAUUUUGUCUGAUGCCAAAAAAACAUAUUAUAUCUGUAAAUAUUAAUGUAUCUGUGCCAUAGUGUAUACUGGGGAAAACAUUUGUUUUUAUCAUACAAAUUGAGAGUGGGGAAAAAUGUAGGCCUGUAAAAAAUAAACCAUGAAAGUGUUAAGUACUAAUAUAUUGUAUUUUACAUGUUCAUGUCAAAAUGUCAACAGUGGUUGGUCUCUCAAGCAUUCAAAACAAGCAAAUACUACAAAUAUGAUGCCAACAUUGAAUGUUCAGUGUCAUGCCUUUAAAUAACAAAUACAUGAAUUGUCUAUUUUUAUGUCAAAGAAUAUUUGCCAACCGCAUCUGUCUGUAAAGAAUUAUAAAUCUAUCAUUCUCGUUUGAAAUGGACCUUUAAGUUCAUGUACAAUGUUUUAUUUGUAAUGAAAUUAUAUUUUAUUGUAAUCACACAAUGCACUUAACGUAGGUUCAAAUUCUAAUGUUGCCUUUAAUGUUCAAAUUUGCUUAAUUUUGUAUCUUAUUCCACAAGGAACUGAUGGAAGUAUUUUUAACAUGAGGUUUUCAAUUUUAAGAGUUCAACAUUUUUACCUUAAAAUUUGUCCUUUGUUGGCUGUGAUUGGUACAUCUUUUCUCAGUAUGUAAACCUUAUGUAUCUGUUUACGUUUUUUAUAUUCAUUUAUACAUACUGCAUGUUUGUCAGUAAUUUUGUCAUUGUGACUAUACAGAAGGAAAAAAGGCAUGUAACAGUGCUUUCUGCAAAUUAAAAAAGCAUUUUAAACUGU